AUUUAUCUUUCCCAUUUGACGUGCUAGUCCUCCUAGAGUGACGCUGCAUACUGUUUUUGUACUUUGCACACGCAACCAUUCUCUCUCCCCUCUUGUCUCUCUCCCCCUCUCUCUCUCAUCCCAUUGACCACUACUUUGGUUGGAGCCGCACCCAGAAGUCUACACAGUGCACUCCCAUCAUCCUCUAGGGUUCUGCCUAUCUCCACUGUUGAUUCUCUUUCUCCUUUCUCUCUCUAUACAACGAUGGUGUGUUUCGGCAAGAUAAGAUUCGAUGCUCUCUGAAUCUCUCGUCAAUCAUCAGUCGAUUUACUGUUUUUUCCGAUUCGAUUCGGCUGUGUUCCGUUCUCGAACCGGCCUAAUUUGGAAGCCUUACUCAUAGAUCGCGUUGUUCGAUUUGGAAAAGCGUUCGGUUUCUUGAAAAUUCAACAAAGGCUGUUUCAGUAGUUUGAAAAUUGAGUUUAGUGUUUGAUUUGGAUUUUUCAUCUUUGGAGUUUUGGUGUUGCUCUGUUGGUUGGUAUUUGUGUUGUAUGUGUGAUAAAUCAGACGAUAUGGAGGAUCGGAACGUGAAUAGGGCGGGUGGUGGAAUGUCGGAUUUGGUUUUUGAAUGUGUGAUUCAGUACAUACACGAUUCGCGUGACCGCGAAGCGGUCUCUCUGGUGUGCCGGAGAUGGUACGAGAUCGAUGCGUCGUCGCGGAAGCACAUCACGAUCGCUCUGUGUUACGCCACCACCCCGAAGCAGCUAUGGCGGAGGUUCCGGCACCUGGAGUCGCUGAAAUUGAAGGGGAAGCCACGGGCUGCGAUGUUCAAUCUGAUACCGGAGGAUUGGGGAGGGUACAUCACUCCGUGGGUGGAGGAGAUUUCCACUUCUUUUAGCUGUUUGAAGGAGAUUCAUUUUCGAAGGAUGAUUGUGAAGGACUCGGAUCUUGAACUCCUCGCUCAAUCGCGUGGUCAUACUUUGCAAGUACUAAAGCUCGAUAAGUGCUCUGGAUUUUCCACCGAUGGACUUCUGCAUAUCGGCCGGUUGUGCAGGAGUUUAAGAACCUUGUUUCUCGAAGAGAGCACAAUAGACGAGAAAGAUGGGGAAUGGCUACAUCAGCUUGCUUUGAACAACACAGUUCUCAAAAUUUUGAACUUUUACAUGACAGAACUUGUCAAAGUCAGUUCCCAAGACCUUGGACUCAUAGCCAGAAAUUGUCACUCUUUAGUCUCAGUGAAAAUUAGCGAUUGUGAAAUCUUGCAACUUGUUGAUCUCUUUCGUGCUGCACCUUUAUUGGAAGAGUUUAGUGGAGGUUCCUUCAGUGAGCAACCAGAAUCCUAUUCUUCUGUAUCAUUUCCCCCAAGAUUAUGCCGUUUGGGUCUAUCAUACUUGGGAACGGACGAAAUGCCCAUCGUAUUCCCUUUUGCAUCCUUACUGAAAAAAUUGGAUCUCCUUUAUGCUUUUCUCGAUACAGAGGGUCAUUGUCUUUUGAUUCAAAGGUGCCAUAACUUGGAAAUUCUCGAGACCAGGGAUGUAAUUGGAGAUAGAGGAUUGGAAGUUCUUGCUCAGUGUUGCAAGAGAUUAAGGAGGCUCAGGAUUGAGCAUGGUGCUGAUGAACAGGGAUUGGAGGAUGCGGAAGGUGUAGUAUCACAGAGAGGACUAAUUGCUUUGGCACAGGGCUGCCUUGAACUCGAGUACAUGGCUGUACAUGUGUCUGAUAUAACAAAUGAAUCUUUGGAAUAUAUUGGCACAUACUUGAAAAACCUGUUUGAUUUUCGUCUCGUUUUGCUUGACCUAGAAGAAAGGAUAACGGAUUUACCACUUGAUAAUGGAGUGCGAGCCCUAUUAAGUGGUUUGCAUAAUCUUAGAAGGUUUGCUCUGUAUCUUCGGCCCGGGGGCCUGACUGAUUUGGGCCUCUCUUAUAUCGGGCAGUACAGCCAAAAUGUAAGAUGGAUGCUUCUUGGUAAUGUCGGGGAAUCUGAUGCAGGGCUUCUGGAGUUGUCCAAAGGCUGUCCUAGACUGCAAAAGCUAGAAAUGAGGGGCUGUUGCUUUAGUGAACAAGCAAUGGCAAUUGCUACGUUGCAGUUUACUUCUCUGAGGUAUUUGUGGGUGCAUGCAUAUAGAGCAUCUCCAACUGGUCGUGAUCUCUUGGCGAUGGCUCGCCCAUUUUGGAAUAUUGAGUUGAUUCCUUCAAGAAAAGUACCUGUUCCGAAUCUGCUUGGGGAAGUUGUAUUUGUCGAGCAUCCACCCCAUAUACUUGCAUAUUACUCCCUUGCUGGACAAAGAUCGGAUUUUCCGGAUUCUGUCAUCCCUCUGCGUAUGUAAAUAUAUUCUUUUUACAAGAGAGUACGUCUUUUCCCUGUUGCAUGCACUCUGUUAUGUGUCCUGUAUCUUUUCUUCUCUGUAAGGAGGUUUUUCUUUUUCUUUUUAGAUUAUAGUAGUUCUGAUCCUAUUUCUGAACUUUUGCCCUGUAAUAAGCUUGUGUUCGUCUGUAAUUUGAAAAUUCUUGUGCUCCACGUGUUCUCGUGGUAACCUAUAUUAGUUUUAAUUUGAGUCAAAUUUUUGUUAA